AUGUUGAAAAAUGAAAAAAGACAAAGAGAGUCUAAUUCUUCAUCUGAACAAUUGAAGAGAAAGAAACUGUCUGAAGCACAAGCUGGUGUACUAAGGUUACCAAAUCAAACUCACGAGACUGAUUUAACACAUAAUAUGGACAGGUACAUGUUGAAAAGUAUGGGAAAAUAUGAAGUUCAAGGUUUCAUUUUCGGACUUGUACCUAAAUCUGGAAAACCACUAAGUGGAUCCUCGGAUAACUUACGAGGUUGGUGGAAAGGCAGCGUGAAGUUCGACAGAAACGGUCCAGCUGCCAUUUCAAAAUAUGAGAAGGAGCAAAGAAUUUUAACAAAGGAUAAUAUGGUAAAUGGUGAACCAGCUGCAACACCUUACUCAUUGCGUAAGCUAGCUGACCCAACCUUAGCUUCGCUUAUAUCAUUGUUAAUGCCAGAAUGUAACCCACCACAAAGGAGAUAUCCUUUGGAAAAAGGCGUUCAACCGCCAUGGUGGCCUACGGGGAAAGAGACUUGGUGGAAAGAAAUGAGGUUUAGCGAGGAUCAAGAUCCUGGUCCACCACCGUACAAGAAACCACACAAUCUUAAAAAAGCUUGGAAAGUGUGUGUGUUAACUGCGAUCAUCAAGCAUAUGGCGACUAAUAUCGAGAAGAUGAAGACUGCUAUUAGAAAUUCAGCAGCUUUGCAAGAUAAGCUAACUGCCAAAGAAACGGCUAUUUUGGUUGCAGUUAUUGAUAAUGAGGAAGGAAUUGCUAGAGAUAUGUAUCCUCCUCAUUUCUUCUCAAGUUAUAAUCCUUUUGUCGGUGGAAGUAACGAUUUGUUUGUGGAAACAAAUGAUUAUGAUGUUGAAUGUGGGCAACAAACCCUAAAAAAACCAUUGCCAAAACCACAUCAUCAUCAUGAUCAUGGAGGUGCUUUUGUUGGAAGUGACUUGGUUGGAAGUAGUGGAGAACAGAACCAAGUUCAACCAAAUUUCAAUUGGGUUGAUCGGUGUCUAAUGAACAAACUUGUUGAAUGUGGAAGUAAUAAGAGAAAGGCUGGAGAACUUGUUGAAAGCACAACUACUACUACUCAGAAUAAUGAUGAUUAUGCUUGUACUAAUCUUCAAUUUCAAUACCAUAAUCAUGGAAGUGGUGUUAACAGUUCAUCACAGAGAAACUUUUCUGUUAUGCCAUCUUAUGAGGUUGCUAACAAGAGGAAAUGUGAACUUGGUAAGAGUUAUAUGCAUCAAUAUGAAAAUUUCUCUUUGCAAGAAGACAUGAAUGUUGCACCUCUUGAUCAACAUGUGCAUGCUUCAAUACCUGCUGUACCAAAUGAGAGUACUCAUCAUACAGGUAAUUACUCGGGAGGAAGAGACGAAGUUAUGAACAUGAAUCCAACUCAUGUUGUUAACCAAAAUAUGCAGCCUCAAAUUGACAACAAUUUCUAUGGUGAACAAGAGGUUGUGAAUAUGCAGCCUAAUGUUGUAGCUCAUGCAAAUGUGUCAACACCAACAACUUAUGAUUCUUCAUUUGAUGAUUUGGAUUUGGAAGCAUUCAUCAAUUCUCAAUCUGAUGGUGAAGCUAACAAUAGCUAUCCAUUUAUUGAUUCUCCUACUGUGGAAACACCAGGUAAUUACUCAGGAGGAAGAGAAGUUAUGAACACAAUUCCAACUCCUGUUGUUAACCAAAAUAUGGAGCCUCAAUUGGACAACAAUUUCUAUGGUGAACAAGAGGUUACAAAUAUGCAGCCUAAUGUUGUAGCUCAUGCAAAUGUGUCAACACCAACAACCUAUGAUUCUUCAUUUGAUGAUUUGAAUUUGGAAGCAUUCAUUUCUCAAUCUGAUGGUGAAGCUAACAAUAGCUAUCCAUUUAUUGAUUCUCCUACUGUGGAAACACCACCAGGUAAUUACUCGGGAGGAAGAGAAGAAGUUAUGAACACAAUUCCAACUCCUGUUGUUAACCAAAAUAUGCAGCCUCAAUUGGACAACAAUUUCUAUGGUGAACAAGAGGUUACAGACACGCAGCCUAAUGUUGUAGCUCAUGCAAAUGUGUCAACACCAACAACCUAUGAUUCUUCAAUUUAUAAUUUGGAAGAAUUUCAUUCUCAAUUUGAUGGUGAAGCUAACAAUAACUAUCCAUUUAUUGAUUCUCCUACUGUGGAAACACCACCAGGUUAUGAUUUCACUUGGUUCUACAAUAACUAG